UACAUACCCGCCCAUAGUAAAAGGUCCUUUCCCUUCUGGAAGCGAACAUUAGGGUUGUCGAAAUAGAGGAUCCUAACAUAACCAAGUAUGGACAAGGACAGGAAACGCAUGGCUGAGAGGAUAUUAAACAUCACCUUAGAUAUAAUCUACCUGCUGACCGGAGAGGAUUACAUAGCGGUGAAGACAGUAUCCGAUGAGGAAGAAGGAUGGAGCAGCACCCAGAUUCCCAUCACAAAGACCACAUCUCACUCACUGAGAAAAGAGAGAAUCAAUGAGAAAAAGAUCCUAGAACUCACCAACAAGAUCAUAGAGUUGUUAACUGGAGAGGUUCCUAUAAGGUGUCAGGAUGUCGCUGUCUAUUUCUCCAUGGAGGAGUGGGAGUAUUUAGAAGAUCACAAGGAUCUGUACGAGGAUGUCAUGGUGGAGACCCACAGAUCACUGUAUGAACCCAGUAUAAGGAACAACCCCGAUGGGUUCUCCAGUCCUCUUCAUGCACACAACUGUCCAGAGGAAAAUGACAAUGUCCUACAGGAUUGUAAGAUUGAAGAACUGGCUGAUAUUAAAUGUGAAGUAAUUUCUGAAGAUGAAGAGAUGUAUGUAGAAGAUAGCCGACAAUGUAAGCUAGAGGAUGUUCCCACAUAUAUCAGCACUGAUGGAAUAGAAGAAGACAUCUAUCCUGAGAGAUAUGUGGAAUUUCCUGAGUCCCAUAACAAAAAUCAUUUUGCGGAAAACUUAGGGGAAGAUGUUUUAUCUCCAGAUUAUAAAGAAGAUAUUGAUGAUUACAAUGAUAUUGGACAAGAUAACUCUAUGAAAUCAUUAAUCUCUGGCCAUCACAACAGAGAUUUAUCUACUCAUCCUACUAAUAACAAAGAACUAUCCUUUGAUCAGUCACUGAAUGAAUUACAAGAUAACGUUCCUCCAGGGGGUAAAAUAUUUACCUGUUUUGAAUGUGGAAAGACUUUUAAAACUAAAUGUAGUCUAUGUAGACAUAUUCGAAUUCACAAAAAUGAGAGACCAUUUUUAUGUUCAGAAUGUGGAAAAUGUUUUAUUCAGAGAUCACAUCUUGUUCAACAUCAGAAAAAUCAUAGAGGAGAGAAACCUUUUUCAUGCCCUGAAUGUGGUAAAUGUUUUACUCAGAAAUCAAGUCUUUGUGGUCAUCGUAGAAUUCACACUGGAGAAAAGCCAUUCUCAUGUUUGGAAUGUAGCAAAUGUUUUAACCACAAAUCAGAUCUUGUUCGACACCAGAGAAUUCACACAGGGGAGAAGCCUUAUUCAUGUUUACAAUGUGGGAAAUGUUUUACUGUGAAAUCACAUCUUGUUGAACAUAACAAAAAUCAUACAGGGGAUAAACCUUUUUCAUGUUCAGAAUGCGGGAAAUGUUUUACCCAGAAAGCCUAUCUUGCGAAACAUGAGAUAAUUCACACAAGAAAUAAUGUAUUUCCAUGUACAGAAUGUGAGAAAUGUUUUACCCUAAAAUCAGCUCUUGUGGCACAUAAGAAACAACACACAAUAAUGAAACCAAGUUACAGAGCAGCCUCCAUUGUUGUUGAACGGGUACACCGGGCACUGCGGCCAAAGCCAUCUCCUACAGAACCUCCGAGAGACGUGAUCUGUGGCCUCCUCAGCUAUGUGGACACUGCCGCAAUCAUGGCCGCGAACAGAACUGCCGAUGAGGUGAGCUUCGAGGGCCAUGCCCUGCGCCUAUUUCAAGACCUCUCCCCUGCAACCCUGGCCAAACGGAGAAUCCUGAACCCAUUGCUGCAGCUAAGAGAGAUGAAAGUGCAAUACACCUGGCUAUACCCUUUUGGAAUUACAGUGGCGAAGGAGGGCAAGCGCCUGGCUGUUAGAUCUCCGGAGGACCUCGGGAAGCUGUGUGCUCUAUUGGGCAUCCCGUCCUGGACAUCCCGUCCGAUGGACAUCCCGUCCUGGCUGCCGGUGCAACUGGGCUUCCUACCCCCGCUGCCCACUCCAUCACCAUGGUCCACGGUGGACAAGCAGAAGUCACCUAAAGCCCGCAAGAAGACCCAGGUGGCAGCGGUAACUCCUCUUCUAGAGGUGUCUCGAUCGCCUUCCACAGAGAUGUCCCGUUCCGCCUCCUAUCCCAACACAACUCAGGAGAUGGUAGGGCCCUAUUCCUACACCUCUGCUUCACUAUACCCUCCCAAUAAGCACACUGUUCGCUGGCUGCUGGUGACCUUGGAGGAACUGAGAGCCUUUGCUGAGGGUCCCAUCCUUCUGGGAGCUGAUCUCAACAUGGUGCUCAAUCUCAAAUGGGAUACAUCCACUAGGCGCUCGGGUAUUUCCUCGGUGGCCCUCAGCACCCUAAGAAACAAACUCCAUACCCUGGGCUUGGUUGACACCUGGUGUUGUCUGCACCCAGGUGACCGCAUCUAUACGUUUUAUUCUGCUCCCCAUGGAUCGGAACAGAGCCUGGAUUUUCUCCUUUGCCAUGAUAGCCUGCUAUCGACGGUUAUGUCAGCUGACAUUGGCCAUCGCACUCUGUCAGACCAUGCCCCGGUUCAGGCCACCUUCUCCUUUUCGCAGCUCCCUGUUAGAGACUGGACGUGGAGACUUAAUGACUCUUUGUUAGAUGACGCAAAAGCACUAGCUGACCAACUUAAAACUUUCUUCGAUGUUAAUACCACACCAGAUGAUUACAUAGUAGUGAAAACCAUAUCUGAUGAGGAGGAAGGAUGGAGCAGAGCCCAGAUCCCCAUUACAAAGUCCUCGCCUCACUUAUUAAAGAAUGAAAGAAUGGAUGAACAGAAAAUCCUAGAACUCACCAACAAGAUCAUUGAGCUGCUGACUGGAGAGGUUUUUAUAAGGUAUCAGGAUGUUGCUGUUUAUUUCUCUCUUGAGGAGUGGGAGUAUAUGGAAGACCACAGCCAUCUGUACAAUGAUUUCAUGGCGGAGGAGCACCAGUCCCUCAAGUCUAUGUAUGGAUUGAAUAUCAAGAACAUGCCAGAUGGAUUCUCCAGCCUUCCUACACACAAAAGGACUGAAGAAUGGGCUGAUUUUAAAUGUGACGUAAUCGCCGAAGAUAAAGAGUGUAAAGAAGAGGAAAUUCCUUCCUAUAUUAGCACAGAUGACUUUCCCAAAAACUUGGAGAAACAUAUCAUUUUAUCUCCAGAUUAUAAAGUGGAAUAUAAUAUACAAGAUAAUUCUGAAGAACAUUGCAUUACUUCAGCAUUUACCUCUGUCUUUUGCCGCAGAGAUUUAGCUACUGAUCCCACUAACCACAAGAAAUCUUCAUCUGAUCAGUCACAGAAUGAUCAGCAAGUUACAGGUCGUGAAGGUGGGAAAAUAUUCAUGUGUUCUGAAUGUGGAAAGAGCUUUAAGACUAAAUGCAGUCUUUAUAGACAUAAGAGAAUUCAUGGAAAUGAGAGACCGUUUUCAUGUUCUGAAUGUGGGAAAUGUUUUAUUCAGAAAUCACACCUUGUUCAGCAUCAGAAAAAUCACAGAGGGGAGAAGCCAUUUUCAUGCACCGAAUGUGGGAAAUGUUUUACUCAGAAAUCAACUCUCGGUGACCAUCAGAGAAUUCAUACAGGAGAGAGGCCAUUUUUAUGCUUGGAAUGUGGGAAAUGUUUUGCCUAUAAAUCAAGUCUUGUAGAUCAUCGACGGACUCACACAGGAGAGAAGCCAUAUUCAUGUACGGAAUGUGGGAAAAGUUUUACAAGGAAAACAAAUCUUGUUGAACAUCAGAAAAGUCACACAGAGGGGAAGCCCUUUUCUUGCUCAGAAUAUGACUUUGCCAGAAACAUAGAAGAACGUGUCCUUUUAUCUCCAGGUUUUAAAGGAGAAGAUAAUGAUCUUCCUGAACAUAAUUCUAAAGAAGAUUCCAUUACCUCAACAUUAACCUCGGGCCUUCACAGCAGAGAUUUAUCUGCUGAUUCCACUAACCACAAGGAAUCGUCAUCUGAUCAGUCACCGGACGAUCAACAAGAUUCAGCCCGAGAGGAUAACUUCACCAGAGACUUGGAGGGACCUGUACUUGCAUCUCCUGGUUUUAAAGUAGAAUAUAUUGAUAUUGCUCAUGAUAAUUCGGAAGAACUUUCCUUUAGUUCAGCAUUAACCUCUGUCCUUCAAAACAGAGAAUUAGCUACCGAUUCUAUUUACCACACAGAAUCUGUUUCUGAUCAGUCACUGAAUGGUCAACAAGCUUCAGCUCCUAGAAGGGGUAAAAUAUUUAUGUGUUUUGAAUGUGGAAAGAAUUUCAAGACUAAAUGUAGCCUUUGUAGACAUAAGAGAAUACACAAAAAUGAGAGACCAUUUUUAUGUUCAGAAUGUGGGAAAUGUUUUAUUCAGAAAUCACAUCUUGUUCAACAUCAGAAAAAUCACAGAGGGGAGAAGCCCUUUUCAUGCACUGAAUGUGGAAAAUGUUUUACUCAGAAAUCAAGUCUCAGCGACCACCAGAGAAUUCACACUGGCGAGAAGCCCUUUUCAUGUUUGGAAUGUGGGAAAUGUUUUACUUAUAAAUCAAGUCUUGCUGACCAUCGAAGAAUUCAUACAGGGGAGAAGCCUUUUUCAUGUUCAGAAUGUGGAAAAUGUUUCACCAGGAAAUCCAAUCUUGUUGAACAUCAGAAGAAUCACACAGGGGAAAAGCCGUUUUCAUGUCCAGAAUGUGAGAAAUGUUUUACCCAAAAAGCAUAUCUUGUUAAACAUCAAAUAGUUCACUCAAGAGAGACUCUGUUUUCAUGUUCAGAAUGUGGGAAAUGUUUUAACCAAAAAUCAAGUCUUGUUACACAUCAGAGAACUCACGCAGAAAAGAAUCCUUUUGCAUGUUCAGAUUAAGGGAAGUGUUUAACUUUGAUUUCAGAUCGUGUUACACAUUAAAGAAAAAUAUAUUAACUAUAGCAAUGUUAACCCAUUAAUGACGCAGCAAUUUUUCAUUUUUGUGUUUUCAUUUUUUUUUACUAAUUUUAUGUGGUGCCAAUUGUAACGUGAUGACAUCACUCCUAUUACCACAAACGCUAAAUCCAUUUUACAACUUUUGGAGCCUUAUGUUUCUAUCCAAUGCAUUUUACCAUAACCGUUGCAUGUUAUCUUUAUUCUGUAAGUCAAUAUAAUUACCCAAUUUAUAUAGGGUUUUAUUUUAUUAUAAUUAACAUUUUGUAGGAAAAUAAUUAUAUUUAAAAUUAUCCUUAUAACGUUUUUACUUUUCCAUAUGUAUUAAUAGUGCAGACAAUUCUGCACGUGACAAUACCAAAAAUGUUUCAUUUUGUUUUGUACAUGCUGUUAUUUAUGGAAUGGGAAAAGGGGGGAUGAUUAAAAUUUUUAGUCUCAAA